GUAAGGCCACAGUGAUCCUUCAAACCAACUGGCCUCAGAUAUUCACAGGAGAGACAAUCACCCUCAGAUGUGAGAUCCAGGGAGGUGGAGGAACUCAGUGGACGUAUGAAUGGAAACCAGACGAGUUAAACAAACCUCCAACAUCCAGAGAAUACAGGAUCAAUGGAGCUACUGAGUCUGACAGUGGAGAAUACAGAUGUAGAGGUAGAGGAGACGACUAUUCAACAAAGUGGAGUGAUACCAUCAGAUUGACUGUAUCAGCACGUAAACCCACAGCCACUCUGACAGGCAACAACAGACUCAUACCAGUAGGAGACAGCGUAACUCUGACCUGCUCUGUGGAGCCCUCUGCUGGAUGGAGUUUUGAAUGGUUCAGACGUGUCUCUGGUUCUUCUCAAGCUCAGCUCAUAACAAAUAAUGAACCAGGGGAAAAUAUUAGCGUCUCAGAGGGAGGUGUGUACCACUGCAGAGGAGGAAGAGGAGAACCAGUUUACUACACAACAAACAGCACAGAAGUCACUGUUAUGGAAACUGUUUCCAGUAAGGCCACAGUGAUCCUUCAACACAACUGGCCUCAGAUAUUCAGAGGAGAGACAAUCACCCUCAGAUGUGAGAUCCAGGGAGGUGGAGGAACUCAGUGGACGUAUGAAUGGAAACCAGACGAGUUAAACAAACCUCCAACAUCCAGAGAAUACAGGAUCAAUGGAGCUACUGAGUCUGACAGUGGAGGAUACAGAUGUAGAGGUAGAGGAGACGACUAUUUAACAGAGUGGAGUGAUACCAUCAGACUGACUGUAUCAGCAGGUAAACCCACAGCCACUCUGACAGUCAACAACAGAGUCACACCAGUAGGAGGCAGCGUAACUCUGACCUGCUCUGUGGAGCCCUCUGCUGGAUGGAGGUUUGAAUGGUUCAGACGUGUCUCUGGUUCUUCUCAAGCUCAGCUCAUAAGAAAUAAUGAACCAGGGGGAAAUGUUAGAGUCUCAGAGGGAGGUGUGUACCACUGCAGAGGAGGAAGAGGAGAACCAGUUUACUACACAACAGACAGCAGACAAGUCACUGUUAUGAAAACUGUUCCCAGUAAGGCCACAGUGAUCCUUCAACACAACUGGCCUCAGAUAUUCAGAGGAGAGACAAUCACCCUCAGAUGUGAGAUCCAGGGAGGUGGAAGAACUCAGUGGACAUAUGAAUGGAAACAAGACGAGUUAAACAAACCUCCAACAUCCAGAGAAUACAGGACCAUCAGAGCUACUGAGUCUGACAGUGGAGGAUACAGAUGUAGAGGUAGAAGAGGCUACGAUUUAACAGAGUGGAGUGAUACCAUCAGACUGACUGUAUCAGCAGGUAAACCCACAGCCACUCUGACAGUCAACAACAGAGUCAUACCAGUAGGAGGCAGCGUAACUCUGACCUGCUCUGUGGAGCCCUCUGCUGGAUGGAGGUUUGAAUGGUUCAGACGUGUCUCUGGUUCUUCUCAAGCUCAGCUCAUAAGAAAUAAUGAACCAGGGGGAAAUAUUAUAGUCUCAGAGGUAGGUGUGUACCAGUGCAGAGGAGGAAGAGGAGAACCAGUUUACUACACAACAGACAGCAAAGAAGUGACUGUUACGAAAAUUUCCAGUAAGGCCACAGUGAUCCUUCAACCCAACUGGACUCAGAUAUUCACAGGAGAGACAAUCACCCUCAGAUGUGAGAUCCAGGGAGGUGGAGGAACUCAGUGGACGUAUGAAUGGGAACAAGACGAGUUAAACAAACCUCCAACAUCCAGAGAAUACAGGACCAUUAGAGCUACUGAGUCUGACAGUGGAGGAUACAGAUGUAGAGGUAGAAGUUACUAUUUUACAGAGUGGAGUGAUACCAUCAGACUGACUGUAUCAGCAGGUAAACCCACAGCCACUCUGACAGGCAACAACAGAGUCAUACCAGUAGGAGGCAGCGUAACUCUGAUCUGCUCUGUGGAGCCCUCUGCUGGAUGGAGGUUCUACUGGUUCAGACGUGUCUCUGGUUCUUCUCGAGUUCAGCUCAUAAGAAAUAAUGAACCAGGGGAAAAUAUUAGAGUCUCAGAGGGAGGUGUGUACCACUGCAGAGGAGGAAGAGGAGAACCAGUUUACUACACAACAGACAGCACAGAAGUCACUGUUACAAAAAUUUCCAGUAAGGCCACAGUGAUCCUUCAACCCAACUGGCCUCAGAUAUUCAGAGGAGAGACAAUCACCCUCAGAUGUGAGAUCCAGGGAGGUGGAGGAACUCAGUGGACGUAUGAAUGGAAACAAGACGAGUUAAACAAACCUCCAACAUCCAGAGAAUACAGGAUCAAUGGAGCUACUGAGUCUGACAGUGGAGAAUACAAAAUCAUCACAGCUACUGAGUCUGACAGUGGAGGAUACAGAUGUAGAGGUAGAAGAGACGACUAUUUAACAGAGUGGAGUGAUACCAUCAGACUGACUGUACCCUCUGAUGGAUGGAUGAUUGAAUGGUUCAGACGUGUCUCUGGUUCUUCUCAAGCUCAGCUCAUAACAAAUAAUGAACCAGGGAGAAAGAUUAGAGUCUCAGAGGGAGGUGUGUACCACUGCAGAGGAGGAAGAGGAGAACCAGUUUACUACACAACAGACAGCACAGAAGUCACUGUUACGAAAACUCCCAGUAAGGCCACAGUGAUCCUUCAACCCAACUGGCCUCAGAUAUUCACAGGAGAGACAAUCACCCUCACAUGUGAGAUCCAGGGAGGUGGAGGAACUCAGUGGACGUAUGAAUGGAAACCAGACAAGUUAAACAAACCUCCAACAUCCAGAGAAUACAGGAUCAUCACAGCUACUGAGUCUGACAGUGGAGGAUACAGAUGUAGAGGUAGAAGAGGCUACUAUUUAACAGAGUGGAGUGAUACCAUCAGACUGAAUGUAUCAGCAAAUCAACCUCAGGCCUCACUGACAGUCAACAACAGAGUCAUACCAGCAGGAGGCAGAGUGACUCUGACCUGCUCUGUGAAGAACUCUGCUGGAUGGAGGUUCUACUGGUUCAGACGUACAUCAGAGUUUUCUAGAGCUCAGACAGUAACAUCUGGAACAUCAUCCACCUCUGUGAGUGUUUCAGAAGGAGGCAUCUAUCACUGCAGAGGAGGAAGAGGAGACCAAGUGUUCUUCACAGCAGAGAGUAAUGCUGUCACAAUAAUGAAAACAGCAGGUAAACCCACAGCCACUCUGACAGGCAACAACAGAGUCAUACCAGUAGGAGGCAGCCUCAUAAGAAAUAAUGAAGCAGGGGGAAAUAUUAGCGUCUCAGAGGGAGGUGUGUACCACUGCAGAGGAGGAAGAGGAGAACAAGUUUACUACACAACAAACAGCACAGAAGUCACUGUUACGAAAAUUUCCAGUGAGGCCACAGUGAUCCUUCAACCAAACUGGACUCAGAUAUUCAGAGGAGAGACAAUCACCCUCAGAUGUGAGAUCCAGGGAGGUGGAGGAACUCAGUGGACGUAUGAAUGGAAACCAGACAAGUUAAACAAACCUCCAACAUCCGGAGAAUACAGGAUCAAUGGAGCUACUGAGUCUGACAGAGGAAGAUACAGAUGUAGAGGUAGAAGAGACGACUAUUUCACAGAGUGGAGUGAUACCAUCAGACUGACUGUAUCAGGUAAACCCCAACCUGUCCUCUUUGUGUCUCCAUCAUGGCUGAGUCCUGGAGCCUCAGUAACUCUGAGCUGUGAGGUUGAACAUCCAUCUGCAGGAUGGAGGUUUUACUGGUAUAAAGCUGUUCCUGAUCUAUCACACAAGUAUCAAUAUUCCAACUAUGAGCUGCUUCCUGAUAGCAUCAAUGGAACUGAAGAAGAUUCCUACAUCAUUGAUGGACAGACACACACAGCAGGAUAUGUGUGUAGAGCUGGAAGAGGAGAGCCAGUGUUUUACACUGAUUACAGUCCACCUCAGUUUGUCUGGUCUGGAGAUUUCAAUUCAUCAGUGUCUCUCAGAGUGAAUCCUGACAGAGUGCAGCACUUCACCUCUGACUCUGUCUCUCUGAGCUGUGAGGGAAACUCUACUGAGUGGAGAGUGAGGAGGUUCCCUGGGGAUCAGUCCUGGUCCUGUUCUGGUUGGAGGACAAUGACUGGAUCAACAUGUACUGAGUUGAGAGUGAGGAGGUUCCCUGGGGAUCAGUCCUGGUCGUGUUCUGGUUGGAGCACAAUGAAAGAUUUCAAAUGUAAAUUAUCCAGAUCCCACCCUCGUAAUGCAGUGUACUGGUGUGAGUCUGGAUCAGGAGAGUUCAGCAACGCAGUCAACAUCACUGUCCAUGCUGCUCCAGGAGCUCAAAGUUCUUCUUUCCCUGUUCCUCUGAUUGCUGGACUUCUUUGUGGGGUCAUACUCAUCGUCCUCCUGCUCUUGUUGUAUCGAUGCAGACCACGGCCCAAGGGUGAUGCUGACCUCUAUGACACGAUCAAACACGAUACUGCAAAUGACGGAGAAGAUGUUACCUACACUUUCAUUAAACUCAAAAACAUUGGAAAGAAGCGGACGCAUCGUGAACCAGAGGACAGGGUUGUUUAUGCUGAUGUGAAUACAAAAGGAGCAGAUGCUGUGCUGACUACUGACCCCUACUGGUCACCUUUGUUCACUGGAGAGUCUGUUACCUUCAUAUGUGACAUGAAGGAAGGAGGAGUCACUGACUGGGAUUAUAUAUUCUACAAGGAUGGUGGAGGAUUUACUCCCUACUACACACAUCAAAGCUACACAGAUGAUGGCGUCCUGUCACACUGUUCUACCUGGGGGACAAUGACUGGAUCAACAUGUAAUACUGUGUUUUUCUAUCACAAUGACAAACUCAUCCAAAAUGAUACCAGAGAGGAGCUGAUCAUCUCUGCAGUGUCAAAGUCAGAUGAAGGCUUCUACAAGUGUCAGUCCUCAGGAAAACAAUCACCACAGAGUUGGAUGGCUGUAACCAGUGGCGCAAAAACAGUGUCCAGGUCUGAGAGCUCUUCAUUUCUUCUUCCAUUGAUCGUUGGACUGGUUUGUGGAAUUUCACUGAUUAUUCUGCUGCUGCUGUUGUGUCUCUACAAACAGUCAAAGGAUUCCUGCUUUGUCAGGUCUCAGAGCACAAAUCAGAGCUCUGCUACAGAUCACAUGAUCAACCAGGAUGAAGGUCAACAGAGUGAACAUCCUUCUCCUCUCCACGGUGAUGCUUGUGUCUAUGAAUCAAUCAAAGGCCCUGAAGACAUUGAAAAUGAUGAAUCCAGGGAUGUCACAUAUUCUUUGAUUGAGCUUAAAAACAUCACUAAGAAGGAGAAGAAGCAGAAACCAGAGGAGAGCUGUGUUUACUCUGCUGUGAAGACUGGAUCAUCUCCAGAUGACGGUCUGAUGUAUGAACAGGUUCUCUUCCAUAAGAAAGGUAAAGCCAAGAGAGACAAAGGAAUACCUGCUCCUGCCACUACUGAUGAAACAAUUUAUUCUGAAGUCAAACCAGCAAAAACUCUGGGUCCAUAAAGAGAGGUGCAUCAUCAAUGAAACAAGACAAGUCUGGACAAUAACAUCAAGAACAACAUUCAUCUGUAAACAUGUGUUUGAUGACUGGUGAUUUAUUCUAUGUAAUUAUGAUAUGUAAUUAUUAUUCUGUGUUAUUAUAUCUAUUGUUGUUGCAUUGAUGUGGUCAAUCUGCAGGUUAAAUACACCAUCUAUCUAUAGACUGUAACAUAAUGUAUAUUCUACUUUAUUUCUGUUUAGUCUCAUCAAUAUUCAUUAAAGUCAAUUCAAUGUUUAAA